AUGAUUGAUGACAAAGAUUUUCAACUUUAUGUUAAUACACGUAUUCAACAUAGAUGGAAUCGAAUAUAUAAUCUAAUUUUGCUUAUUUGUUGGUCACUUCAUCCGAGAUAUGUUCUUACAAAAACUAUUCGUCCAGAACUUACAACUAUUAUAAAAAAAGAAUCAAGUAUUUUAUUUGAAAGCUUAUUUUCUGAUAAAGAUAUUAGAAAAUUUCGCAUGCAAUUAAUUGAUUGGAAUAACAAAGCAUAUCCUUUUGAUUUCGAAGGUAAUUGGGAUGAAUAUUUG